CAGCGCGCGAUUAGUGGUCUCGGUGCGCGUCGUUCAGUGGUCGUCGCAUUCGUUCUGACAGUCUAUAGCACGACUGAAACGGCUGCGGCUCAACGAGCGCGCCCCGUGGCUCCGCAGCAGCAGAAAACAAAGCAGGCUCAGGCUCAGGCUAAUUACGUCGCGGGCCCGCCCAACCCCUCCCGCAAAACAUGGGUAAGAGGCCGCGAGGUGCCGCAUCAAGUGCAAGUGGACCAGCGACAGCGAAAUGCUUCCUCGGCGGAUUAUCACAGAUGACGGACUCCGAUAAGCUCGUCAAAUACUUCGAGACGAAGUACGCGCCCUACAAAGUAGAGAUGUGCGAGGUUAUGUAUGAUCGCCACACAACUAGAAGCCGCGGAUUUGGUUUCGUGACCAUGGAUGUGAGAGCCGUCGCCGCAGCCGUUGAUGAUCAAGCGAGGGAUAAAUUUUGCCACCAGCUCGACGGGAAGCACUUUGAGGUGCGACCCGCGACGCCCGUCGGUGCAUCGCCGCCGCCCGCGCCGCCCGGCGUCGGCAUCGUAAAUCGGCCGGCCGGCGACCUCGACGCGCUGCUGACCGGCGCACCAGCGCGCGCGCCGGCCUUCCAACCUUCCGCCCCGCGUCCCGGCGGCUACCAAAUGCCGCCACCAAACGGGGCGAUGUACGCGCCGCCGCCGCCGAAUUUCGGCCUGAAGGACGUGUGCCGCGACUUCCAGAACGGACGAUGCACGCGCGGCGACAGCUGCAAGUACGUCCACGCGGCUCCAGGCGCGCCGCCGCCCGCGGCGACCUGGAUGCCUCCUGCCGCCGACGUGAACGGCAUCUGCCGCGAUUUCCAGAAUGGACGAUGCACGCGCGGCGACAGCUGUAAGUACGUCCACGCGGCUCCCGGCGCGCCGCCGUCGUCGGGCUGGAUGCCUCCCGCUGCUCCUAGCGCGCCGCCGCCCGCGACAAUGGGCCCGCCGACGAACGGGUGGCGGCCGCCAGACGUGGGACCGCCCCUCGGCGGCUCGCCGCGGAGUAGCGGUUUUGCCGCGGCGCCCAGCAGCGGUGCUUCGGGUUGGCGACCACCCGAUGUCGGGCCGCCCCUGGGCGGCGGCUUCGGCGGAGGCUCGCCGCGGAAUCAGACGUACGCGCCGCCACCAUCAAGUGGCGGCCCGAGCGACGCCGUAAGCGCCGCGCUCCAGGCGAUGCGCGCCAUCGAGGGAAACCUCAAACGACAACGCGUGGCCCCCGCGGCGCCGGCGGCACCAGCGAUGCCGUAUAUGCCAGGGAUACCUUCGUACGACGUGUCGCCGGCGCAGCGCUGUAGCGAUUGGAUCGCGGCGGCCGGCGUCGACGGCGCCGCCUCGUCACUUUUCAACGAGUCGCCGCUGGCCGUGAAGCUCGCUGCGAUGGACGCGGGGCCCGUCACGGGCUCGAACCCUUCUGCGUGCCUCGUCGCCCGCGUGAUACGACUGAAGAAAGCCCAUCGGGACGGAGGGCUGCCUAAUCGAGAAUUUUAGUGUAA